GUCGGGCGGGGGCGGGCCGCCACGGCGGCUGCGCGGGGCGGAUGGCCGGGGCGGAGGGGCCGAGCGCGGCGCCCGGAGAAACAGACGUGUCCUCUGCCCCAAAGAAGUUCUGGUCUCUGUAAAAGAAAGAAAAAACCUCAACGGUGUCUUGGGGCAACUGAUCAGGUGUUCAAGCGUCCUUAAUCUCUGCCUUUGAUGUGAAAAUGACUAAGUUAGGGUUUCUCCGGCUCUCCUACGAGAAGCAAGACACUCUGCUCAAGCUCCUCAUCUUGUCGAUGGCAGCUGUGCUGUCUUUCUCCACGAGGCUUUUUUCUGUCUUAAGAUUUGAAAGUGUCAUCCAUGAAUUUGACCCGUAUUUUAACUACCGCACAACCCGCUUUCUGGCGGAGGAGGGCUUCUAUAAAUUCCACAACUGGUUUGACGACCGAGCGUGGUACCCCUUGGGCAGGAUUAUCGGUGGGACCAUUUAUCCAGGCCUGAUGAUCACGUCGGCAGCAAUUUACCACGUGCUGCACUUCUUCCACAUCACCAUCGACAUCCGAAACGUCUGUGUGUUCCUGGCUCCCCUCUUCUCCUCUUUCACCACCAUAGUGACUUACCACCUCACCAAAGAGCUCAAGGACGCAGGGGCAGGACUCCUCGCUGCUGCCAUGAUUGCAGUUGUGCCUGGGUACAUCUCUCGGUCUGUCGCCGGCUCCUACGAUAACGAAGGUAUCGCCAUAUUCUGCAUGCUGCUAACUUACUACAUGUGGAUCAAAGCUGUCAAAACUGGCUCCAUCUAUUGGGCAGCAAUGUGUGCUCUUGCCUAUUUCUACAUGGUCUCCUCGUGGGGUGGCUACGUCUUUCUGAUUAACCUCAUCCCCUUGCAUGUUCUUGUGCUGAUGCUGACCGGCCGCUUCUCCCACAGGAUCUAUGUAGCCUAUUGCACAGUCUACUGCUUGGGAACCAUCCUCUCGAUGCAGAUCUCCUUUGUCGGCUUCCAGCCUGUCCUCUCCUCAGAGCACAUGGCUGCCCUUGGAGUCUUCGGUUUGUGUCAGAUCCACGCCUUCGUAGACUACCUUCGGAGCAAGCUGAACCCGCAGCAAUUCGAAAUCCUCUUCAGGAGUGUCAUUUCCCUGGUUGGCUUUGUCCUCCUCACCAUUGGGGCCGUGCUGAUGCUGACAGGGAAAAUCUCCCCAUGGACAGGGCGUUUCUACUCCCUGCUGGAUCCUUCCUAUGCAAAGAACAACAUCCCCAUCAUCGCCUCCGUCUCUGAGCACCAGCCCACCACUUGGUCCUCCUAUUACUUUGACCUGCAGCUUCUCGUUUUCAUGUUCCCAGUCGGUCUGUAUUACUGCUUCAGUAACCUCUCGGACGCCCGCAUUUUUAUCAUCAUGUACGGCGUGACCAGCAUGUACUUCUCUGCUGUGAUGGUGCGUCUUAUGCUGGUGCUGGCCCCGGUGAUGUGUAUCCUCUCAGGCAUCGGGGUUUCUCAGGUGUUGUCCACCUACAUGAAGAACCUGGAUAUCAGCCGGCCGGACAAGAAGAGCAAAAAGCAGCAAGACUCCACCUACCCUAUCAAAAACGAAGUUGCCAGUGGCAUGAUCCUGGUCAUGGCUUUCUUCCUCAUCACCUACACCUUCCAUUCCACCUGGGUGACCAGCGAGGCAUACUUCCCUUCCAUCGUGCUGUCCGCCCGGGGUGGCGACGGCAGCAGGAUCAUCUUCGAUGACUUCAGAGAAGCUUAUUACUGGCUGCGCCACAACACGCCGGAGGACGCGAAGGUGAUGUCCUGGUGGGACUACGGGUACCAAAUAACCGCCAUGGCCAACCGGACCAUCCUGGUGGACAACAACACCUGGAACAACACCCUCUCCCGUGUCGGUCAGGCGAUGGCAUCAACGGAGGAGAAAGCUUACGAGAUCAUGAGGGAGCUGGACGUCAGCUACGUGCUGGUAAUCUUCGGAGGCCUCACUGGGUAUUCGUCCGAUGAUAUCAACAAAUUCCUGUGGAUGGUGCGGAUCGGGGGCAGCACGGACACGGGGCGCCACAUCAAGGAGCACGACUACUACACCCCCACGGGGUUUCGGGUCGACCGCGAGGGCUCCCCAGUGCUCCUCAACUUCAUGUACAAGAUGUGCUACUACCGCUUCGGCCAGGUCUACACAGAGGCCAAGCGACCCGCCGGCUACGACCGGGUGAGGAAUGCCGAAAUCGGCAACAAGGACUUUGCUGACGUGCUGGAGGAGGCGUACAACGAGCACUGGCUGGUCCGAAUAUACAAGGUGAAAGAUUUGGAUAACCGUGGCUUGUCAAGAACGUAGAGGAGCUGCCGCCAGCCGCACCACGCACCGCACUGACCCAGCCUUUGCCUGUGAAACAGAAAUAUUGGGGGUUUUUUGUUUGUUUUUUUGGGGGGAGGGGGACAGGUGGUUUGUUUUUUUGUUUUCUACCAUUUGGAAGUGCAGGCACCCAUGGGCCGUCCCUGCCUGCUGGGGACUGAUUUUUUUUUUUUAUAUAUAUACACACAGAGCAUUCGCCAAAUCAGAAAUAACGGCUUUAACCGGGGUUGAUUAAUGGGGAGUUACAAAUAAUAAUAAUUAAAAAGAAAAAAAAAAAGUGA